AGCUUUUAGGGGUUGGCUUUUCCAGUUCCAGAUCAGCUACGGCAAACAUCGUUCGAGAUGUCGCACCAAGAGGGCAGCACAGAUGGCUUACCAGACUUAGUGACUGAAAGCCUGUUCAGCAGCCCAGAGGAGCAGUUUGGAGCAGCAGCGGCGAUAGCGGCCUCCUCAGACGUUGAAAUGGCGGCCGCAGAGCCAUCGACUGGAGAUGGUGGUGAUACCAGGGAUGGUGGUUUCCCGAACGAUGCCAGCACAGAAAAUCAAAACACAGACCCAGAAAGUUCAAGUGAAGAGGUCGAACUUGAAAGCAUGGAGGACUUUGAGCAUUUCCUCGUGAGUGGUGAAGGUUUAUUUGAUUACCCCUUAGUGGGAGAGGAGGAGGCAGAAAGAGAGGAGGAAGAAGAAGAGAUGGAGGAGGAGGAAGGGGAGGAGGAAGAACAACAGCCUCGGGUGUGUCUACGAUGCGGUGGCACCAACAAUGAUCAAUGUUUGUUAGAGGAGGAUAGGGCGUUAGAGGAAUGGAUUUCCUCAGAGACAUCUGCCCUGCCCCGACCUCGCUGGCAAGUCCUUACUGCUCUUCGCCAGUGGCAGCUGGGUUCAAGUGCCCGCUUUGUAUAUGAGGCCUGUGGGGCAAGAGCCUUUGUGCAGCGUUUCCGUCCGCAGUGUCUUCUUGGAGGCCAUGCCGGUUCUGUCAGUACUGUACACUUUAACCAGCGUGGCACCCGGCUGGCCAGUAGCGGUGAUGACUUAAGGGUGAUAGUGUGGGACUGGGUGCGGCAGAAGCCAGUACUGAACUUUGAGAGUGGUCACGGUAUUAAUGUCAUCCAGGCUAAAUUCUUUCCUAACUGUGGUGAUUCCACCCUGGCCACGUGUGGCCAUGAUGGUCAGGUACGGGUAGCAGAACUAAUUAAUGCAUCAUAUUGCGAGAAUACUAAGCGUGUGGCCAAGCACAGGGGACCUGCCCACGAGUUGGCUCUGGAGCCUGACUCUCCUUAUAGGUUCCUCACUUCAGGUGAAGAUGCCGUUGUGUUCACCAUUGACCUCAGACAAGACCGGCCAGCUUCAAAAGUUGUGGUAACAAGAGAAAAGGAUAAGAAAGUGGGACUGUAUACAAUCUCUAUGAAUCCUGCCAAUAUUUACCAAUUUGCAGUGGGUGGAUAUGAUCAGUUUGUAAGGAUUUAUGACCAGAGGAGAAUUGAUGAGACAGAAAACAAUGGAGUACUCAAGAAAUUCACUCCUCAUCAUCUGGUUAAUUGUGUUUUCCCAACAAACAUCACCUGUGUUGUGUACAGCCACGAUGGCACAGAGCUCCUGGCUAGCUACAAUGAUGAAGAUAUUUACCUCUUCAACUCUUCUCACAGUGAUGGUGCUCAAUAUGUUAAGAGAUAUAAGGGGCACAGAAAUAAUGACACAGUCAAAUGUGUUAAUUUUUAUGGCCCCAGGAGUGAGUUUGUCGUGAGUGGUAGUGAUUGUGGGCACGUCUUCUUCUGGGAGAAAUCAUCCUGCCAGAUCAUCCAGUUCAUGGAGGGGGACAGAGGAGAUAUAGUACACUGUCUUGAACCCCACCCUUACCUACCUGUGUUGGCGACCAGUGGCCUAGAUCAGCAUGUCAAGAUCUGGACACCCACAGCUAACACUGCCACUGAGCUUGCUGGGUUAAAAGAUGUGAUUAAGAAGAACAAGCGGGAGCGAGAUGAAGAUAACUUGCACUAUACAGACUCGUUUGACAACGACAUGCUUCGGUUCUUCGUGCAUCACCUGUUACAGAGAGCUCAUCACCCCGGCUGGAGAGGUCAUGGAGCUGAGUUCCCAGAUGAAGAGUUGGAUGAGUCUUCCAGCACCUCAGAUACAUCUGAGGAGGAGGGCCAAGAUCAAGUGCAGUGCACGCCAUCCUGAAGGCCUCAUAUCCAGUGCAGCUAGAUGCCACCUAAGUACACCGGACUUUAAAAUUCAGUUUGACUAAUUUAGAAUUGUCAAUUGAUUAAUAGAUUUGCUUUUUGUCUUUUGUUUUUCACAAUAUAUGCUGAAAACCAUCUCUUCCAUCUCCUUCUGUACUUUCCUUUCUU